AGCAGAACUAAAAGGAAAGAGCAGCCAACAAGUGACAUUACAUCUCACCUUCCUAGCUCCCAACUCUUUCUUUCCAUACGUUUUGACCCUUUAAUUCUCAGAUUUCUAUUCUGUUUUGUCAAAUUCUGAUCGAGGGCUCCGAGAUCUCUCAAGAUCUGCAGCCUCUCUCGCCUUUCGCUUCCCGUAACUAUACUCUGUUUGGUUAGUUAGGCGGUGGCGCUGGCGGGGAUGAUAGAAUGCAGUGUUUGCCAUUCAAAAAUAGCACCGCCCGGUACUAAAACCGUUUCGAGGGCUUACGAUACGCAUCGUAGCUAUGUAUCCUCCAAAAAUCGUCUCCUCAAUGUUCUUUUGGUCGGUGGGGACUGCGUUUUGGUCGGUUUUCAACCUAUAUUGGUUUAUAUGUCAAAGGUGGAUGGCGGUUUCAAGUUUAGUCCAAUUAGCGUUAACUUUCUUACUGAGUUGGCUAAAGUUAUUUUCGCCAUUAUUAUGCUCUUGUUCCAGGCUCGGAAUAAGAAAGUUGGGGAGAAAUCUCUUCUCUCAAUUUCUUCGUUAGGGCAGGCUGCUCGAAAUAAUGUGCUUCUUGCAGUUCCAGCUCUACUUUACGCCAUCAACAAUUACCUAAAGUUCAUCAUGCAGCUUUAUUUCAAUCCUGCUACUGUGAAGAUGCUUAGUAACCUAAAGGUUUUGGUAAUAGCUAUCUUGUUAAAGAUGAUCAUGAAACGGCGGUUUUCUAUUAUUCAGUGGGAGGCUCUUGCUUUGUUGCUCAUUGGAAUUAGCAUAAACCAGUUGCGGUCUCUUCCAGAGGGUACUACUUCGCUUGGUGUUCCGAUUGCAACAGGCGCAUACUUGUACACUCUUAUAUUUGUUACUGUCCCAUCCCUGGCAUCUGUCUUUAAUGAAUAUGCUUUAAAGAGCCAGUUUGAGACGAGCAUUUACCAUCAGAACUUGUUUCUUUAUGGGUAUGGCGCAAUUUUCAAUUUCCUAGCCAUUCUUGGAACUGCACUUUUUAAAGGUCCCAGUAGCUUGGAUAUCCUGCAGGGACAUUCAAAGGCUACUAUGCUUCUAAUAUGCAACAAUGCAGCCCAAGGGAUCUUAUCAUCUUUCUUCUUCAAAUAUGCAGAUACAAUCUUGAAAAAGUACUCCUCAACAAUUGCCACAAUUUUCACUGGCAUAGCAUCUGCUAUUUUGUUUGGUCACACCCUGACCAUAAACUUUGUUUUAGGAAUAUCAGUUGUGAUUAUCUCCAUGCAUCAGUUCUUUUCAUCACUUUCAAAGGUUAAAGAUGAAAAACAAAGUGGUAGUUUGGAGAUGGUGAAUAGCCAAGACAUCAAGAGGUCUAAGGAUGCAUUGUUGCUAAAUAUGACUGCUGGAGCCAAUGAAGAGGCUAGUCAUCGUGUUCAUGAAGAAGAAAAAAGACCGCUUCUUCCCAUUUAAGUUCCCAUGUAAUUGGAACAGUUUUGGAGUAAUACAUUCUUUUUAGGUGGAGUCAGAUGGAGAAAAGAAAAACACAAGUUUUAGCUACAGAACAGAAUAAAUGCCAUCUAAAUGGUUCUUCACAGUUCAUAACUCCAUUCAUCUCUUCUUCCAUGCAUAGUUAAUGAAAAAAAGUGGGCUGCUGGCUGCAUCAUCAGCGAGAAAGAAGAUUGCAUCUUCUAUAGAAGAAAAGUUUAAAAAAUAUAUAUAUAUAAACUGGAUUUUAGAAUUCUUAUUUGUCUUCUUUAUUCGUAAAGGAAUAUAAUUAUUUUAAUCAAUACCCUUCGGAUCAUUUCAUUUGUAAACAUUGAAUAUGCUUGGAGAUCUUUGAUAUCCAAUGGAUUGGACUCUUGAGUCUUUCA